AUGAUGGAUUGUUCUCAUUCGUCGGUAGAAAAUGUUCUUGAAAAAGCCCUUCGAACAUAUGAAGAAAGUGAACGUUCAUUAAAAUCAAUUUGUAAUUCAGUUGAACAAGAAAAUAAUGAAUUAGAUGAUGAAUUAAAAAAUCUUCAAACACAUCAAACAACAUUAAUUAAACAAUAUCAUUUAAUUAAAGAAAGUCUUCAUCAAAUUCGAGGUGAACAUGCAAGAUUAGCUGAAAGACAAUUAGUUAUUGAUCAACAAACAAAACAAAUUGAACAACGUUAUGAACAAGUUAAAAAUGCUUUAAAAAAAAUAAUAUCUUGUGCAAAUAUAACAAAUGAAGAUUUUUCUGAUGAAACAUUUUCAAUGUUAGGUUUUAAAUUAAUUCGAAUUGAUGAAGAAAAACGUUUAACAAAUGAUAUUGGAACUGAUUAUGAUCCACCAGAUUGUUUUUCAUCAAAAAGAAAAUUAAAUCUUAUUAAUAAAGAAUUUAUUUCAAAUGAUUUUCAUCAUAAACAUCACAAAAAUAAUUCUUCUUUACAAAGAUCAUCGAAGUAA